AACUGAAUUAUAAAAAAGCCAGUACUUAUUUCCAUCUAGCCACGUAAACACUGUGUGUGUCUAGUGUUUUUUUUUUUUUCUCUCAAAUUUUAAUUAUAUUUAAAAUUAUUAAAAAUUAAAUAUAUUGAUAUUUUAAUUAUUAUUAAUUAAUGUUUAAUUUAGUGAAAAUUUUGAUGUACAACUAGUUUAUUUAUUUAUUUUUUUUAAACAAAAAGAAAGCUUAUGUGUUUUCCUUAAGUGGAGUGAAAAGUGUCUGUGUACUUGAUGUAAAUAUAGAUCAAUAAAUAAUGUGUUGUAAAAUAAUGAAAAUAAUUUGAUAAAAAAAAAAGGAGUAUUGUCAAUUAAGAAAGGAUUUAUUAUCUUAUAAUUAUGAGAUUUUUAAUAUGGAGUUUAUUGUUGAUGAGUGUUGGGUGUAUCAAUGGACAAUGGCAACCAUGUGUAGAAUUAAAAAAAGAUUUACAAAUACCUUGUAAAUGUACAUUAUCAACAGAACGUAUAAAAACAAUUUAUAUGAAUUGUGAUAAUAUAAUAUUUACAAGAGAAAAUUUUGAAAUAUUAAAAAAUCAACCAAUAACAUCAAUAACAAGACGUAAUGUUGGUUAUCAAAAAAUUCCUGAUGAUUUAUUAAGUAUUGGAUUAAAUAUUGAUAAACUUGAUUUAAGUGAUAAUUUAAUAUAUCGUUUAAUGGAUAAUACAUUAAAAUAUACACCAAAUUUAAAAGAAUUAAAACUUGGUAAUAAUUUAUUAGGUGAUAAUUUAAAUCCAAUAUUUUCAAGUAAUGAAUUUCAUGAUUUAGAAAAAUUAAAAUUACUUGAUUUACAUGGUAAUGGAAUACGUAGUAUUGAAGAAGGUAUAUUUAAAGGAUGUUUUAAUCUUGAAGAACUUUAUUUGGAUGAUAAUAAUUUAUCAAUUGUACCAGCUGAUUCAUUAAAAGGACCAAAAAAAAUGAGAAUUUUAUCAUUAGCUGGAAAUAAUAUUGGUUUAUUACCACGUUUUGCGUUUGGAAAUCUUGGUGAAUCAUUACUUCGUGUUGAUUUAAGUAGAAAUGAACUUACCCACAUGGAAGACAAUUCACUGGCAGGUUUAAAUAAUCUUUUUUUUUUCAACAUAUCACGCAAUGAAUUAACUCGUUUCAACAGUGAUGUAUUCAAAGGUGCUAAUAAUUUACUACAAUUAGAUUUAUCAAUAAAUUUUCUUCAAGAAUUUCCAACAGAAGCAUUUCGACAUCUUGAGCGAUUAAAAUUUUUAAAUUUAUCAAAUAAUUUAAUUACCGAAAUUGAAAGAACACAUAUUGCUGGAUUAAUAGAACUACAAGUACUUGAUUUAAGUAGAAAUAAUAUUGGAAGACUUGGUAUAAAUGCAUUUGCAAAUUUAUCAUCAUUAACACGUCUUGAUUUGAGCUUAAAUUAUUUACGAACAAUUGAAGAAUCAUCAUUUGAAGGUUUAACAAAUUUAAAAUGGUUAUCACUUCAAGAUAAUAAUAUAUUAUUAAUACCAGCAACAGCAGUUAAUAGAUUACCAUCCCUAACACAUUUACAUGUUGAAUUUAAUAGAAUUGCUGCAUUAUCAAAUGAUUUAUUACGUUCAACAUCACCAACAAUUGUAUCAUUAUCAUUAACAAGAAAUCUCAUACGUGAAAUACCAGAUAAUAUGUUUAUUAAUUUUAAAAAAUUAAUUAACAUUGAAUUAUCUGGUAAUAUGUUAUCAACAAUUAAUCAAAAAACAUUUACAAAUAUUGAUGAUAAAUUAUUAAAUCUUGAUAUAUCAAAUAAUCGUAUAACAACAAUUGGACAACUAAAUUUAAAAAAUUUACUAUCAUUAAAUAUUGGUGAAAAUUUAUUAAAACGUAUAACACCAGAUACAUUUAAAAAUUUAAUAAAAUUAAAAUAUUUAAAUAUAAGUAAUAAUCCAUUACAAGCAUUUCCACCAAUAUUUCCAUCUUCACUUGUAACACUUGAUGCAUCAUCAACAAAUUUAAAAAUAUUACCAACAAUAUUAUUUAUAAAUUUAGAAUCACUUGUUAAAUUAAUAUUAUCACAUAAUAACAUACAAGAAAUAAAUGAAGGAACAUUUAAAAAUCUCAAUAAUUUAACAAUACUUGAUUUAUCAUAUAAUGAAAUUAAAAAAAUUCAUAAUGGUGGAUUUAAUGGAAUAAAUAAUAUAUAUGAAAUAAUAUUAAAAGAUAAUAAAUUAACAUCAUUUUCAAGUGAUCCAUUUGAUGAUACAACAAGUCAAUUAGAAAUUAUUGAUUUAUCUAAUAAUUUAAUUGAUAAUUUAUCAACAAAAACAUUUAUCAUACACACAAAAUUACGUGAAAUUAAUUUGAGUAAUAAUAAAUUAUUAAAAUUUACAAAUGAAUAUAUAAAAACAUUGGAGAACAUUGAAAUAAUAAAUUUAUCAAAUAAUUUAUUAAAAAUAAUUGAUGAAUUUACAUUUUCACAAAUUGGAAAAUUACGUAUACUUGAUUUAUCAUAUAAUAAUAUUGAAGCAAUUGAUGAAUUAUCAUUUCAUAAUUCAACCCAAUUACAAAUAAUAAAUUUAUCAUAUAAUAAAAUUGAUAAUUUAAAUGAAAGAACAAUGGAAGGUAUAUUACGUUUAGAAUAUUUAAAUCUUUCAAAUAAUAAUUUAACAUCAUUACCAGAAACAAUAUUUGAUAUAUCAAGAAUUCGUAAUAUUGAAAAAAUUAAUUUAUCAUUUAAUAAAUUUAAUGAAAUACCAAUACGUUCAUUAACAAAACAACUAUUAUCAUUGAAUUAUUUAAAUAUUGCUAAUAAUAAAAUUGUACAAGUAUUUACACAAGAUAUAAUUGGUAGUUUAAAAAUAUUAGAUUUAUCAAGCAAUCCAUUAAGUGAAAAUUCAAUAAAUGAAAUAAUUGGUAAAGCUAAAAUAUUACGUUCAUUAAAUUUACAUAAUACUGGUAUUAAAAAAUUACCAAGAUUUGAAACACCAUUUUUAAAAAUAUUAAAUUUAUCUGAUAAUGAAUUAAGUAAUAUUAAUACAAGUGUACUUGAACGUACAACAUUAUUAGAAUAUCUUGAUAUAUCAAAUAAUAAAUUAGAAAAUUUAACAAAUUUAUCUACAACAUAUAAAUUAUUACCAUCAUUAAAAUAUCUUGAUAUAUCUGGUAAUGAUCCAAUGAUUAUAAAUGAAUAUACAUUUGAUGGUCUUGAUAAAUUACGUUAUUUAAAAAUGUCAAAUUUAAAUACAACAAAAAUUGAAAAAAAUACAUUUAAAUCAUUAAAUAAAUUAAAAUUAUUAUCAGCAUAUAAUUAUCCACGUCUUGGAUAUUUUGAUGUACCAAAAAUAAUAAAAGAAAUGCCAAAUUUAGAAAUAUUAGAUAUUGAAAUAAAAGAUACAAAUAUUGGUAAUGAUUAUUUAACAAUUAAAUUACAUCCAAGAUUACAUGAUAUAACAUUACGUGGUGAACGUUUAAAAAAUAUAUUAUCAAGUAUACUUGUUGGUAUACGUACAAAUGAAUUAAAUUUUUCAUUAAAAAAUUCAUCAAUUGAUUCAUUACCUGGUUCAUUAUUUUUUCCAAUACCAAGAUCAACACAUGUUAGCUUUGAUAUAUCUGGUAGUAAUUUUUCAACAAUAACACAACAAUUAUUAACAUCACUUGAUGAAAGAAAUGGUAUGGUUAAAUUUGAAGGUUUACAAACAAAUCCAAUUAAUUGUGAUUGUCAAUUAAUAUAUUUUUGGAAAUGGUUACGUAUUAAUAAUCAUGAAAAUAAUAUAAAAUGUAAAUAUCCAGAAUAUUUGCAUGAUAAAUAUAUCAAUGAAUUAACAGAAGAAAUGUUAACAUGUGAUAAAGAAUUUAAUUUUAAAAAAUUACUAUCAUCAACAACAACAACAACAACAUCAACAUCAUCUGGAUUAACAUCAUCAUCAUCAACAGAAUCAUCAAUAAAAUCAUCAAGUAGAUCAACAAUUUUAUCUGAACCAGAAAUAAUAUGGACAGUUGCACCAACAACAAUAAAUAAAAAUAAUAAACAUUAUAAUGAUAUACCACAAAUAAUGACAGCAUCAUCAAUGACUGAUGAUACAUUAAUAAUUGGUAUUGUUGGUGGUGUUGUUGCAUUUAUUGCAAUAAUAAUAAUUGUCAUAUGUAUUUGUCGUUUAAAAUGGAGUACAGAUAUUAAUGAUACACAUAUGGCUGCAAUUGCUGCAUCUGGUAUGCAUGAUCCAUCAAUGAUUAGAUCAGCAAGUAUUUAUUCUGGUAAAAUUCCACAUGAUGUUUAUGGUGGUUCAUAUCCAUCAUCAACAUUAGGACAUGCUAAUCAACAAAAUGGACAUAAUAUACCAGUACAAAUGAUGCCUUAUAUACAACCAAUGCAUGUACUUCAUUCAACACCACCACAACAAAUUUAUUAUGGUGAAAAUGGACCAGUACCAAUGUACAUGUGUACACAAGAUGAUAAAUUUAAUCGAUAAAAAUGUGUUUUUUUUCUUUUUCUUUUUUUUAAAUAAUAAUAGAAACCA